ACGAUCCAGUUACUGUAGCUGCCUGCUGCAAUGAAAAUAUCGUCGUUGGUGGGUGGAUAUGUAUGGGCCCAGCUCCAUCAUCUUUUUCCUCCAAACAUUGACUGAGUGAAGAUGAGCCAAUGAAGAAGGCAUGUGGAAGAUAUUAUGGCUUUCAGUAGACAUAUGCUUCCUAUGAGCCGACAGCUGGUCACCUCACACCAUCCUGUAGCCGGGGCCCCUGUGCCUGAGCUCCACGCACCUCACACAGCGUACCGUUUGACUUCAUGAAGAUCCCUAACAUUGGUGAUGUAAUGAAUAAAUUUGAAGUCCUUGGGAUUGUGGGUGAAGGUGCUUAUGGUGUUGUUCUGAAGUGCCGACACAAGGAGACUAAUGAAAUUGUGGCCAUAAAGAAAUUCAAGGACAGUGAAGAAAAUGAGGAGGUUAAAGAAACAACACUACGGGAGCUUAAGAUGCUUCGCACACUCAAGCAGGAGAAUAUUGUGGAGUUGAAGGAGGCCUUCCGCAGAAGAGGGAAGCUAUAUCUUGUUUUUGAGUAUGUGGAAAAGAACAUGCUUGAGCUGCUGGAGGAGUUGCCUACCGGUGUGCCGACUGAAAAAGCACGGAGCUACAUCUUCCAGUUAAUCAAAGCUAUUCACUGGUGCCAUAAGCAUGACAUUGUCCACAGAGACAUAAAGCCAGAAAAUCUUCUCAUCAGUUCCGAUGACAUCCUCAAGCUUUGCGACUUUGGCUUUGCACGUAAUCUUUCUGAAGGAACUGAUGCCAAUUACACCGAGUAUGUGGCCACUAGAUGGUACCGCUCUCCAGAGCUCCUGCUUGGGGCUCCUUACGGGAAGGCGGUGGACAUGUGGUCAGUAGGAUGCAUCUUAGGAGAGCUGAGUGACGGGCAGCCACUGUUCCCGGGAGAGAGUGAGAUCGACCAGCUCUUCACCAUCCAGAAAGUGUUGGGGCCCCUGCCACCAGAGCAGAUGAAGCUCUUCUAUAACAACCCCCGCUUCCACGGGCUGAGGUUUCCUGCCGUGAACCACCCCCAAACGCUGGAGCGAAGAUACCUGGGAAUCAUCGGUGGAGGCCUGCUUGACCUGCUGAAGAACCUCCUAUUACUGAACCCUACCGAGCGCUUUCUCACAGAGCAGUGCCUGAACCACCACACCUUCCAGACCCUGCGGCUGGUGGAGCGGCCUGGCCCACCAACUCCCACACCUGUACGCUCCUCCAAGAGGAAGCCUCACCAUGGAGACAACAACACCCCCAGCAGGAGCCAUGGGGGGAAGAGCUCAGGAAGCCACCGCUCCAGCAGCAGAGAGUGCUCCAGCUUACCCCGACAUGAGGACAUCCACCCUAGCAAUGACAGCUUUCUCAACGGCAACAUGCCUGCAGCCAUCAACCUCAGCCCUACCCUGCAUCCCAAGAAUUACCAGCCACAGAUCUUCAACCACUCCACCGCCUGCAGUAUGGACCUGGCCAGCAGCAACUUGUCUCAUUUGCACAGUCCAGGUGACACCAAGAGCAAGGGCGAUUUUGAGAUGAACUUGGGGUCCAAGGUGUCGGACGGUCCUGGAGCCAAGUACCUCAAAUCCAACUUCCGCUCACAGCAGAACCGCCACUCUUUUGUGGAAGGGAAGACCAACACACUUCAAUCGGGGGAAAAACACGGACGACACAGCUUCAUGGAGUCCCACAGCUCCACGCCCUCCUCUUCCAAGUUUGCCUACCUGAACUUAUCUAAGAGCUAUGGGACACUUAGCGAUGCAAAGUCAGUGGGGAACUUAAACGAUAUUCACCUGUAUGCAGAUGAACCCACGUCUCGCUUUUUUCCUUCCAGCUGUCUUGACCUCACAGCUCCCAGCAGCCCAGCAUCUCGCAGGGUGGAAAGACUGGGACCCAGCACAGCUGGCCGAGGAAACAUGCGUUCAGAAAGAGAGAGCAACACACUGGACUCCUCCUACAGGCGCUCCUCCACCCGCCAUAAGACCUCAGAAGAGGCAAAGUCACCAGAUGCCCUUGAUCCCGGGGAAGGUAGCAUGGAAAGAAUCCACGGCCACUCAUUGUCCACCCCACAUGACCCUCUAUCUUACAACCAGGGAUACACCAGCCCCUUCUCCUCUCAGCAGCGACCUCAUCGCCACUCCAUGUAUGUACGAAGGGAUCACCAGAGGACACACGGUGCAGACGAGGGGCUGUCAGUCGGGCAAGGAAUGCCCACCAGAGCCAGUAGCCUCCAGCUCUUGUCUCCACAGCUGCAACACCGCACACUGCCCCGCCACUCUGGAAGCUCCUCCAGAGAAGAAGACAUGAGCAGGAGUGAACAGGCACCCACUGAGGUCACCCACAGCAGACCCCCAAUAAGAGACUCCACAAGGGACAACACCGCAUCUUUUCACACACAACGGCAAAAAAGCGAGGUUGGCUUAUAUCACGAUCAGCAAACUGAAGAUGGGGGCUCUUCCAAAGAGAACCGUAACAUCUACAGCGAGUCCAUGCCAAGGCGGGUGGGCAGCUUCUACAGAGUUCCUUCACCUCGGCCAGACAACUCCUUCCAUGACAGCAGGGGUCAGAGCCGCGGCUCUGGCUUGUCCGGGGAUGGCAGCUCCAAACGUCAGCCUGCAUUUGACCCCUGGAAUGGUCCAGAUACUGUAGUUUUGAAUGCAUCUGAGCCAUCCAAAGAAAAGGAGAAGCAGGGUUUCUUCAGAGCAAUAAAAAAGAAAAAGAAAAAAUCUCAAAUGAUGGAAGUCCUUGAUGGAAGGCCCCCUGUCAUCAAGAAAUGUCUUUUCCCCCUGUUUAGUCCAAAGAAUAACAUAAAACAUAGAUCCUCAGUGAGAGUCCUCCCUGUAGUGUCCUCUCCCAUGGCUCCAAGUGAAGGUAUGGAUACAGUCAUCCAGAAGUCCUCAAGGUCCUCAGGUCAUCAGAGCAGUCGCCACAGGUCCCGCGAUAAGAGCAGAGACCGGAACCAAGAGCGGGACCGUGAUAGGGACAAGGACUGGCCGCCUGAGAAACUGUCUGAUUCACACUCCCCAAGUCAGCCAUUAAAGUCUCUGCGCAAGCUCCUGCACCUCUCCUCCUCAUCCUCGAACCAGACGGCAUCCUCUGACAUGCGCUACCAGCCGCUGCCUAAUUCAGCAUCCACUCAAGGCGUUUUCACCGAAAGCCGGGGUCACUCAGGGGUAAGCACGCCCCAGCUUAAGAGCCGACAGACAGCCUACCCGCUGCCCGGACAGCUAGAGUCCGGCUGGCACUCAUCCGCCAUGGGCCGCCCCGAGGGCAACCCCUACCCAGAGCAAAUGGGCAUCAAGGGAGGCCAGAAUGGGCACGGAUUUGGACGCCCGUCCAGAUCUCGCUUGCCAAACCUCAACGACCUGAAAGAGACAGCUCUGUAAUAUUUGUUCCCCCGCAGCUCUCUCACAUCCACCUCAGCAUCCUGUUUCCCUUCUGUUGCUCCUACACCUCCAACACCCUGUAAAUCAGUGCACCUGCUGAACACACACACAAGCACAUUAUUACCAAACCUACUGUUGUAAACACUGCUUGCAAACAGGCCAAAAGCCUUUAUAUGUCUUAAUUUUUUAAAGCUUCCAUGUUUGAUAGACUUUAUAUUAUUACUUAUGUAAUUCUGAUUAUAACUUGUAUCAUAAAGUAAAUAUAUUACAGACUCAGUAUAUAUAUAUACAUAUAUAUAUAUAUAUAUAUGUAUAUAUAUAUAUAUAUGAAUAGAUAAAGUGUAGAUUUUAAGUGUAAGUAUUUUUGUUUUUAUUAAAUAUAGAAAUAUAGUACAUUUUACUGUGUAGUAUUUCCUUAAGAUUAAUCUAAGGCAUUCUUAACAAAUAAAGACAGGUAAUGUCAGUAACUUUUGUUAAUCUCACCCAGGAUUGUAACUCUCAGUAUAAGCUGCCUGGUCUUUGGAUGUGCUCUGUCAUACUGGUUACAGAUUCUCAAAUGUGCAACUGCAAGUCAAUGCAGCCUUGUUCUUACCUGUGCUGGCAAUCGGACCAUCUGAAAGCUCAGAUCUGAUUGCUCUUUUUUAGGAUGUUUUAGGUUAUUACGUCUUUACAAAAUGCAGCCAUUUUAGAAACUGUGGUGCCAUAAACUAAUAGUUAUUCUAAACUAUAUUGCCCUCUGCAGGACAUAAUUAAGCACUGCAUUUAGUGGUUUUGCAACUAACAUGAUCACUCACAUCAUGCACAAUGUGUGUAAAUAGUUUUAUAAUAUAAGCAGGUAUAUAAUUAAAUUAAAACAGUAAUUACACUUCACUUUCAAGUACAGCCAAUCUUAAAAUCAGUCUCAUUUUUGGUAAAAUAAUGUAUUGAAAUGUUAUUCAAGUAUUACAACACACCCUAGAUUUUUUAUUACUUGCACUGCUUUGA